AUGUGUGCAUUAGCUGCUCGCUAUUCUGAUAACCCGAUAUUUCGCAAUAUUCCCCCGUGUGCCCGCGGAAAGCUGUACGCAACCAAGGCGAUCAAUUAUUGCCACGAGAACAUGGUAUCUCCGGACCUGGAGACCGUGCAAGCCUUCCUCUUGGUCGGGUAUUACUUCGGCGGAGAAGGAAAUACCCAUGGGAAGUACAUCUAUAUUGGGUUAGCCCGUCUGCAUGCGCAUCUUGUACCUCACGAGAGUUUCACAACCCCGGUACUUCGCGAGGAACAUCGCCGAACAUGGCUUUCUAUUCAGAUUGCUAGUCAUUGGUCUGCUUCAGAUAUGGCUAUGGAACCGACCUCUUUCUUCGAGGAGCCGAUUUACCAACCAAAAAUUGACGAUGCAGAAUUUCAUACACUGGGCCCAGAUCUCUUCGAGGGACCAAUAAAUACUUUGCUACGUCGCCUCAGUCAAGAGUUGAUUCCAUUUCAUCAAUACUGUGAAGAAGCCGCAAUUCUUGAACACGAUCUUGAUCGGUGGGCGGAGGGCUUGCCCUCCACCCUUGUCUACAAUUAUGCCAAUUUUAUGCAUAUGAUCGGGAAAAAAUUGGGUCAAAUCUUUUUAUCCAUGCAUAUUGGCUAUUAUCACUUUCGCCAGAUGCUUUUCUUCCCCUUUUUGGACUCUCGACUCACACAGUCGGCUACUUGCAGUAGAGCAGCAAAAUGCAAAGAGAGCGCUACCAUCGUUUCCAAUAUUUUACGAUACUCAGAGACCACACCAGGGUGUAAGAUGAUCUACUUCAUUUACGGGCAUAUUGCAGUCAUCAGCUCCAGUGUUCAGCUCCAUACUCUACUUUUCAGUGAUGAUCAGCCGGAGCGCAGUUUGGCACGAGACGGGCUGGUAUCCAAUUUUCAAUAUCUAAUGAGCCUGAAAUUAUUUUGGCGUGUUGUCGAUCAUCAUGUUUGUAUCAUCCUGAGUCCGCCAUUAAGCAUUGCUAAUUCCGUGAUACUUCAGGUCGCCCACUUGCGAAUAUUUCAGAACUCCUGUAAAGACUCAUUGCUGAACCCAUUUGCACUGGAUAGCUGGAUGGCACGGUUCCUCACUGAGCAUACUUCGGCCCUUUCACAGAGACUCAUGAACGAUACCAACUGCCCUUCUACGGAUACGGGUAUAGCAGCAACAGAUUCAAUCAGCCAAGUGGACGGAGCUACUACUGCGGAUAACCCCGUCUCUCAGGUUGAAGAUACCGAUAGACUUGAGGCUGCUGGGACGGAGGAGUCUGAGAUUGACACUGCAGAUUAUAAUGAUCUAUCAAGGUUGAUAGGUGACCAAGGGAUGAGUGGUCAAGCAAUUGUGGAUAGUGCUCUGAGUUGGCUUCUAAACGAUCAAGCGGAAGGAGUUCAAGGUAUUUACUAA